AUGAUUUAUUAUUUUGCGAUAGUAGGUACAAAGGACAAUCCAAUUUAUGAAUUAGAUCUUAAUUUCACAGGUGCAAAAAGUGCUGUCAUUGAUCCAAAUUCAAGGAAAGACGAACACCGACAUUUAAAUCAAUUUAUUGUACAUUCUGCCUUGGAUCUUGUAGAAGAGUUACAAUGGCACUCUAAUGCUAUGUACGCUUUUGUUCAUUUAAUGGCCAUUAACAAAAUUUAG